AUGGUUGGCGCAUGUAACAACAAAGGAGCAGGAGCAAUUACUCUCAUUCUCUGUACCGCAGGCCAUUAUUGGUCUAGUCAUCCGUCUCUACAUACUCGUGCUCCCCAUCAUGGGAGUUUGGGGGCUUCAAAUGUCAUUGAAACCCUCUCUGAGAUGUUUGUUGGUAUCAUUUGUGCCUGUAUGCCAGCAGCAGCAUAUUCUGCGCGCCAGAAGGAUUCCAUUUGGCAAAAGCUCCUCAAGGCCACGUCGCAUAUUUUCACCUUGAUCGGAUCAACCCUUCAGGGUUCAAAAUGCGCAAUGAAUCAAACUUCACGGUCUCAAGUUACAGAGAAUUUUCCAGAACCAGAUCCCUUAAAAUCGACAGAUCGGAAAUAUGCACAAUACUUCAACCUUGAGGAUAUCGCCAAUAAUACCACAGCGAAAACAGCUAUUAGCGGUUCUUUUACAAGUUUUGACAAUGAAACGAAAGUAAUUCAACGCCAAUUUGAUGUUGAUAUUGAAAGAAACUGA